AUGCUGACGUCGUUUGAGCGGGGCGUCUCCAAGGAGUGGGUCGACUUCCACCAGAUGGACCCGCUGCUAUAUAAGGAGGAGGGCCCGCUAAGUGAAACGGUGAUAGGCCUCAAGAGCAAAGCUGUCGCUGAGGCCGUCGAAGCGGGUGACUGGAAUAAAGUCAGAGAAUAUUGCCGUACUCUGGAUGGCCUCGUGAGCAACACGUUGCGCCAGGCGGCUUGGCCUGCGCUUGUCGGGGUCUCGGAGGUGUCGUUGAGUUUACAGACGCUUGACCAGCUAGACACGAACGACUUGGCUGAGCAUAAGGAUGAAGACCAGGUCUCUUUGGACAUUAAGCGGCUGUUCACGGUCUCGUCGCAUUUGCACUCUCUCCCUCCCGCAGGCGGGCUGUUUGCCACGGUCUUUCUGCCUGAGGACAUUGAGGAGUUGCGCAGACGGCUCUUUGGGCUCGUUGUGCGUGUUUUGCGUAAGUACCCAUGCUUACACUACUACCAAGGGUUUCACGACGUGGCCAGCGUGGUGCUUAUGGUCUUCUACAACCUGCUGACGAAACUGGUGGAUGAGACGUUGGCGUUCGCCGUUUUGGAGCGUCUUGCCGUGCUCCACUUGCGUGACUUUAUGCUCCCCAGUAUCGACCUCACUAUCAACCACUUGAAGGUUAUGGCUGCUUUACUUGAAGAAAUAGACCCGCAGUUGUUCCAUCUUGCCUGCGUUUCGAGCCAGUCCUUCCAGUGCACCUCGGGACAAUAUUACGACUAUAAGUUUAUUGAGCCUCUCCUGGCAAUCCUCACUAUUUUCAGCCACGACUUAUCAAACAUGAGCUUACUUCUUCCCCUUUGGGAUUUUGUGCUAAGCUACAAUUCUGUGGCUGCAAACUUGUACAUUUAUGUCGCAGCGUUGCAACACUUCAAAGACGACAUCAUGACCAAACUAGAGAUUAAUGACGAUCCAGACACCGCCCUAUAUUAUAUCGAUCCUUCUCAGACCCACGCUGCUUUGAGCGCCUCGAACUUGUUUGAGAAUAUCACCAACGAGGAUCUACUGCAAAUUUUGAGCAAAGCAAAGAAGCUUAUCGAAGCAUUCCCCUUGCUGAAACUCACCAAUAAGUCAUCCACCACAGAUAUUUGGUUUGGCCAGUUCAAUACGGAGUCUGUGUUAGUUACUUCAUCGGCUUUAGAUGGACCCACAGACAUGCUGCACUUAUUUGAUUCGACUGAAUUAAGCAGGAUCCUCGAGCGCCAGCAUCAACAACAGCAGGCAGAGGCAGCACAUGCUAGCGAAUUGCUUGCUCACCACAUAGAGCAAAGUGCGUUGACAGAUUCUAUCACAUCGACUGAAGACGACAUCGACUCCACUAGAAUGGGCCUGCUUUCAUCUUCGUUAUCCAGUUUGGGUGCAGUAUCCAAUUCCUUGAACCACACAUUGGUCAACAAGUCUUCUGUCAUAUUCAGAAAGAUAUUUAGCCACUCUAGUGACAGCAUCGAGAACGAGGAGAACUCUGUGGCGAAACGUAAUAAGAGAGCAGGUCUACAUUACAACAUCUACAAGAUCAGCGUCAGUGUUGGAUUCGUUGGCUUCUUGAUACACUGCUUACUUCGUCACAGCGAGCUAAGCAUACGAAAUUACACCUUCGGACCCCUUGGGCUGAUUAAUUCCAUCAGCUCGUCUUUUGAAUCUCUCAUUCCGGAGGCCUUAACUACUGUGCGCCAUGGCAUUCGUGAAGUCGCUGGCGGCAUCACGUCCAAAUUUAGCGAUGUGGUCGAUAUGAGUCUUGAUCUCACGCAAAUUGGUCUUGGUACCUUGCGUGACUCUAUACAUAUAUUAAGCACAUGA